AUGUCCUUGACUUUGCCUGCAUUGCCAUCUAGCGUUUCAACUGCUGCCAGUUUAGGUAAAUACACUGCCGCUGUUAGAAAACCAAUUGAGCCAGUUGGCCGUCACUUCUUGGCACUUUAUUUGUGGGGACACACAUGGUCAGAAUUCGAAAAGAUUCAGGCUGAAACUGAUGUCAAGAAAGCUGAAGACGUCAACGAAGAUGCCGAAUUUGACAUUGAGCAAAGCGAAGAGCUUAUUGAGCACGACCCAAGAGACUGGAAGUCUGCUGAUUUGUACGCCGUUUUGGGUCUGAACAACUACCGUUACAAAGCCACAGAAGACCAGAUUAGAAGAGCCUACAGAGUCCAGGUUUUGAAACAUCAUCCUGAUAAGAUGGGUGAAAAGGGAGGCCUGGAUAAGGAUGGAUUUUUCAAGAUCAUCCAGAAAGCUCACGAAACUUUGAUGGACCCUGUUAAGAGGCAACAAUUUGAUUCUGUUGAUGAAGAGGCCAACAUUGAACCACCUGCACCAAAGAGCAAGUACGACUUUUUCGAAGCUUGGGGUCCACUUUUCGCUUCUGAGGGACGUUUUUCUAAGAAGCAGCCCGUUCCUGAACUAGGAAAUGCUGAUACUCCAAAGGAAGAGGUUGAUGCUUUUUACAAGUUUUUCUCCAACUUAGACUCAUGGAGAACCUUCGAAUUUUUGGAUGAGGACGUUCCAGAUGAUACUUCCAAUAGAUACCACAAGAGAAUGAUUGAGAAGAAGAAUAAAGCUGCUAGACAGAAGAGGAAGACAGAGGAUAACAAGCGUCUUUCUGAAUUGGUUAGAAGAGCUGCUAAUGAGGAUCCCCGUCUUAAGGCCUUCAGAGAUAAAGAGAAGGAAGAGAAGAACAAGAAAAAGCAGGAGAGGGAGGCUGAAGCUGCUAAGGCCGCUGAAGAAGUUAAAGCCAAGAGGGAGGCUGUUGAAAGGGCUAGAGCUGAAGCCGCCAAGGCUAGAGCCAAGUCCAAGGCCAAACCUUCCUAUCAACCAAUCCAAACUCAAAGCAAAGGUAAAGGUAAGGGUAAAGGUAAAGGUAAAGGAAAGAAGAGUACUGUCAGCAAAGAACAGCGAACUGAAUCCAAAAUCAACAUUAGAAACUCUGUUAAAGAUGCUAACUACUUUGGUACUGAGCUGCAAUCUGAGAUUGACCAUGAUAUUAAUGUCUUCCUUGAUAACUUUGAGGAUGAAAAGUCUGUGGAAGUUUCUAAUGCCAUCGCUGGUGCCACUGCUGAUGCUGUAAAGGAGAUCUUCGAUGCUGCUGCCAAAGAGUACAUUGAGCAAGGUUUCAUUACAGCUGACGACUUGAAGUUCUUUGCAAAAUAA